UCUCCCCAACAAACUUAACAACAAGACCUCUCACUUAGCAGCUGCAGCCUGGCUCAUCAAAAGCAAAACGAUUCAUUCCCUCGGUCAGGACCAAUACUUCCCCCUCCAACCCAGGUGAAGAUCCUGACCUAAGAAAGGACUUGCAACCACCAAGCCUAAGUCCAGAGAUGGAAGCAAAUGAGAUCGCAGAAGGUCCUCAGGCCACCGAGGAUGCAAAGAGACCCUCCUUAAAGGACCCCUCUGCUGAAGACCUGAAGGAACCCACUACCCCUGAACCUGCCUUGGAGCUUUCCAGCUCACAGACAACUUUACAACCUCCUGAAUACAAAGUCCUUUUUGUGACAUCUACUUCACCAAAUCAGACUGAGGCCCCUGAGGGCCUCCAGGAGUCUUCUCUCUCUGAAUCGCCUUCAAAGUCCUAUGAGGCUAAGGACUCAUCCCAGGAGUCCUUAAAGGCCCAAUUACCUGAAAGUCAUUCAAAGUCUUCCCAGUCUGUGACCUCUCUAGAAAAAACCACCAGUGAGACCCCUUUGGAGAGCCCUGCAGAUGAGAUUUAUAUCUCUAAGGUCCAAAAAUCUUCUCUUGGAUCCUCACAGACAGACAAUAUCCCUUCGUCUUCCCCGUCUCCCCAUAAGAUUUCUUUUGAUGAAGCCCCCCAGACCCAGGUCCCCAAAUAUGAGCUCUACCCACAGCACCCCUUUUCAGGGCCUUCUACCCAGGCCAACGUGGACACAUCUGCAGAGCAGGAGGAGGCAAAGGAGGAUGAGUUGAUAGCGGGGACUAGUGACGGCACUGCUCAUGCAGCUUCGCCUGAGUCUCAUGGGAGCAAGAAGAAGGAGAAAAGAGUCAGUGGUUAUACAAGCCGCCCAGUAGUCCCUGCUAAGAGGGCAGAUCUGGUAAAGGCAAUGCACAGAGAGCAAUUUGGUGCUCAAAUGAACAAUCUUUUCCAAUGGGAGAAGGAUCCAGCCCUGAAGGCCAUCCAGACAGGUCUCUACAUUGGCUGGCGCUGCCCCCAUUACUUAUGGGACUGUUUCCGGAUUGGAGAUGAGUCCAAGUGCUUUUGUGGACAUUUGUUUAAAGAACACCAGAUCAUCUCAGAUCUGUCAGCACCCUGCAGUGUGAGCCAGUGCAGGUGCCUCAUGUUUUGUUUCAUCCCAUCACGCCCAGAGGAGGUGGGUGAGUUCUGGCUUAAGAGACGGAGCACCUUUGAUCCCAAAGCCUGGAGAGCCCAAUGUCGUUGUAAACAUACUCAUGAAGAACAUGCAGCCACCGGAGCUCAUCCCUGCAGGCACCAUGGGUGUUGCUGCAACUGUUUCGAGUCGAAUUUCCUCUGUGCAGCCUGUGACCGGCGCUGGGAAGAACAUGAGACUUUCUUCGAGACUGAAGAGACCAGGCGAAGAGGAGGGAGACCUUACGGUGAGGGAACAACCUGGGACAGGACCAUGCCAGCAUCUGUAAUCAGAAGGCCAUACAGAAAGGCACUCCCACCCUCCCUCAUCCUCUUCAGGUGUUACAUCCCCAGCCCACCCCACAUCCCAUGCCUGCACUGCCUUCCAUCCCCAGAAGCAGACUAUGUGCCUUUUGCAGAGAUGCCUGCCCUCCGAGAUGUCAUCCUCACCAACUCUGACCUUGAGGCCCUCCAGAGGCAGGGUGUCUCUGGCCAGCCCAGUUCCCACCCUAGAUCCCCUGCAUUCCCUGGCCCAAGCAGCCUCCAGCCUGGCCCUAAACCUGACCCCCAUACCUGACCCUUU